AUCGAAAUCGGUGCAUCGGAAACAAAAGGAGAGGAACGCAAAGCAGUGUUAGAGAAUAGAGAAAAAGAAUCCGGAAGAGUGCGAAUGCUUGAAUGGAUCGUAAGUCAUAACCUCAUAUGAACUCGCCAUUUUACUCCCCGUUUGUCGUUUAUCGGUUCUCCUCCUCCUCACUGGUUUGAUUGAAAUUGCAAUAGGAACGAAACGACGAGGUUAAUUAACGAUAAUCAAGGAGCUUAUUCUUGAGAGAGGUAGAAAAGAAGGGGAAAGAGGUUUUGAGCUUUAGAAUUGAAAAAUAAGAAAAAAUGAAGACCACGAAGGGUGGCAAGGUCAUGAAUCCUACCGAUGCUUAUCGAAAGGAGCUUCGCAAGAAGGAAUUGAAAAGGAAUAAGAAGGAAAGGAAGAAGGUGAGGGAAGUGGGAAUUCUUAAGAAAGAUCCUGAACAGCUGAAGAAACAGAUUGAGAACUUGGAAAUGAUGAAGGCUGAUGGUGCUUUGGAUAAGGCAAGAAAGCACAAGAAGAGACAACUACAAGAUACACUUAACCUUGUCCUAAAGAAAAGGAGGGAAUAUGAAGAUAAAAUGAAGGAGAAGGGUGAGACCCCUGUUAUGUUCAGUCAUUUAGGGCCUCCCCGAAGAAGAACAACUGCAGAAGAAGAAGAGAGAGUUAAACACCCAAAGCCUGAGGAUUCCGUUUAUUACCAUCCAACAUUAAACCCUACAGGGGCUCCCCCACCUGGGAAACCUCCCAUGUUUAAAUCGUCUAUAGGGCCCAGGAUUCCCUUAUCCGGUGCUUCAUCGAGUACUGCUGCAUCAUCAUCAGCAGCAGAGUCAGGGGAUGAUAUGUUAACUGUACCUCCACCUCCACCGCCACCCCCACUGCCCGAAGCUGGCAGUUCAAGUUUGGCUGAGGACACUGCUUUACCUGCGGCAUCUUUGCCUUUGCCUCCACCACCGCCCAUGCCUCCAAAGCCUGCUACUACUGGACCUACAUCAUUACCACCACCUCCUUUGCCACCUCCACCUCCUGGUCCUCCACCUAAAGAGCAAGUUGCAAAUCGCCCGAUACCCCCUCCACCUCCACCCCUACCACAGUCUCAGCCACCGCCACCUGGCACUAGUGGAGGUGAAGAGCGAAACCAAUCUUCAUCCGCAGAUGAUUUGCCUUCUAAGGAGACUGGUCAGAUGCAGCUCCCUCCACCCCCUCUGCCACAUCGGAUGCCACAAAAGUCUGAUGGUGCUUUAGCUACCACUGACAAUACGAAUUCUCUGCCAAGCCAUGAGAUCCCAAAAAUGGUUCCUGGGCCUCCUCCUCCAAGGCAACAACCUCCUGUUCCAGGAUCCACCUUAGUUCCAACUUUGCAGGCCGAUGUUUUGCCUCCUGGAAUAUCCCGUUUUCCACCACCCCCACCACCACCUGAUAUGAGGCCUCCUUUACCAGUGGCUGGACUUCCUGUUCAGGCACCACCUCCUGGAAUGAUGGUCCCAAUGAUGCCUAGGCCCCCAUAUGGUCCUCCACCUGGGCCUCCUCCAAUGAUGAGACCACCACUUCCUCCUGGUCCUCCUCCAAGCUUCCAAGAAGAUGAUCAAAUGGCUUUUAGGCUACCUCCACCGCCUCCUCCUCCUCAAAAACCAUCUUAUGUUAAAUCUGCUGCAUCUACUGUUGUUAAAAGGCCAUUAGCUCAGCACACACCAGAACUUACAGCUAUGAUUCCUGCAUCUGUUCGGGUUAGAAGAGAGAAUGCAGUGGCAAAAUCCAAACCGAAACCGACAAUAUCAACCUCUACCUCUAGGACAGUCUCGGGGCCACCAACUAUUGUAAAACCAGAGUCAGUGAGUUCAUCAUCGUCAGCUCCAAAAGCACAGAGCAUAGAUGAUUCGUACACAGCUUUCUUGGAGGAUAUGAAAGCCCUUGGUGCACUUGAUGGUUGAGAUCAUUGUAGAUGCCGAAGCUGCAUACGGGAUGAGGAUUAUGCACAGGGAAAUUUGCCAAAAAGUGUUCAAAAUCUUGAGACCCAGCUCAUUUUUUUAUUAUUGAUGAUACAGUCUAAAUUAACACCUUGCAAAUAUCCUUGUACUUUUGCGACUCCCAAGUGAUCUUUUCUUCUGCAACUAGCACCUAAUAGUUAUUCAAGUUGAAAUUAGAUGAAACAA